AAGAUGUAGGCACCCCUGGAACUCAAAUGAAAAUAUCAACAAAGCUUCAAAUGGCAUUGCAAGCUCGCAGUCAGUCUGAGCAAGAGGUUAGAGCCUUAAGACAGGAUAUGAAUCAAAUGAAAGAGAAAAUGGAUCAAAAUUAUCAAAUGAUGGUAGCAGCUCAAGGGGUGCAACAUAUAGAAAGCCCAUCACAACAUGGGUCUAAUUCUCGACAGAACUCAAGGGUGCAUCGGUCAGAUGAGGUGGCACAUGGUUACAAUGGUAAUGACCAUUCACCAAAUAUGGUUGAAGAUGACUUGCAGCUUACUAGGCGAGUUGCAAGCACUAUGGGCCGUCCAAGGAAUCGUGAAGAUGUUAAUACUAUUGAAGAGCAAAGUCGCAGGCGAGACAUUGCAACAAUGGUACCUCAAAGAAAUCAUGGAUCACCUCAAAAUGCAGAUGAUAAUCAUGUUGGUAAAGAAGUCAUAUUAUAUUCUAUGAUGAGAUCAGAAGUUCCUGUUGCAAUAGCAAAUAUUAUCUCAACCGAUGCAACCACUAAGGUUGCAGAUGUUCCUCUUGGAAGGGAGUUUACACAGGUUUUUGUGACUCGUGUGCUAAAAAGGGAAAGUACUCUACCACGACCAUACUUAGGUGUAGAGAGUAUGGGGGAUGCUCUUUUUAUGCCCGUUGCAUGGCCAACGAACAAGAUGAGUCGUAACAAAAAAUCAACAUUGACCCAAGGUUCUACAGCAGCAGCAGGAAGAGGAGCUGGAAGCAAGGAUCAGAUUGCUUGAAGUGUGAAAAAAAUGAUUACUCGCAUGCAUGCUAGCUGUUGGCGUAACACC